GACAAAACGCAUGCUUAUCCCGCUGCCGUAAAGCCCACGCAGCAUGUCGCAAACCCGACUUGUAUUAGUGUUGUCAGAGAAGUAAACUGUUAUUGCCAUUGAUAAUGUAAACCGCGGUAGAUUUGCGUUUUGAAAUAUAAUAAUAGUUGUGCUGUCUGCGUUUAGUGCAGUUUAAAGACAUGCUGGACGUCUUAUAGGCUUUAAGGAGCCAGAAGAUGAGUUGAUCAGCAGAAACAAGCUCGAAAAUGGCAACAUACAACACCGAAGGACAUGCUGUUGUGGUGGAGGUGAGCCCAGACAUCCACAUCUGUGGCUUCUGCAAGCAGCAGUAUAAUAACUUUGAGAUCUUUCUCGCCCACAAGCAAAAUGGAUGCUCCUUACCCACCUCUGACACAUCAGCCACCACUGCAACAACAACCACUCUCACAGAUUCCAGCACUGAGUUUGUUUUCGAGGAAACCUACCAGACCUGUGUCAUGAGAGGUGUCAAAAAGAUCCUGACCAAAGCACAGAAAACACCUUCCAAAAAAUUAAAACCUUCCCUGACUUCAAAGAGACACAGCUGCUGUUUCUCAGGUUGCACUUUUAAGACGCAGUAUGGCCAAAAAGACAUGGAGCGGCAUCUCAAAACCCACACCGGUGAGAAGCCGUUUGAAUGUGAGCUGUGCCACAAGCGCUUCAGUCGGCGGGACAAGCUCAACAUGCACAGCCGCUCGCACACGGGCGAGAAGCCGCACAAGUGCAAACACUGUCCUUACGCGGCGGCAGACAGCAGCAGUCUGAAGAAGCACCUUCGCAUCCACUAUGAUGAGCGGCCUUUCAAAUGCCAGAUCUGUCCAUACGCCAGCCGUAACUCCAGCCAGCUCACCGUCCACCUCCGCUCACACACUGGGGACGCACCUUUCCAGUGCCAACAGUGUGAUGCAAAGUUCAAAAUCAACUCAGACCUGAAGAGGCACAUCCGGAUCCACUCCGGCGAGAAACCCUACAAGUGUGACUUCUGCGAGUAUCGCUGCGCCAUGAAAGGCAACCUGAAGUCUCACAUCCAGAUCAAGCACGGCACCGAGAACUCCUUCCACUGCGUGCACUGCGAUUUCCAGUGUGCCAGCAAGACCGCUCUGCGGCAACACUCGCGAGAACACCAGCCCACCCAGCCCAUCCGGUGCUCCAAGUGCACUUACUCCUGCGCAAGCAAGGGGGCGCUCAAGGUCCACGAGAGGAUCCACUCGGAGGAUCGCCCCUUUAGGUGCGACUUCUGCAACUUCGCCUCCAAGCAGCGCAGCAACCUCGUCAUCCACAAAAAGAAGUGCCACUCGGAUAAGCCGGAAAACGGCGGUGGCGGCGGCGGGAAAGGUGGGGGGAAAAGCGGAGGAGGGGACUCCCCGAAGCCCGUUGGCUCCAGGUACCGGGCCAAGCUGGAGGCGGCUCGAGCUUUCUGCUGUGACUCGUGCGACGCUUCCUUUGUGAGGGAAGACUCCCUGCGAAGCCACAAGAAGCAGCACAGAGACACUCAGAACGUGUUGCAGCUCCAGCUCUCCGCGCCAACCGAUACAGUCAACCUGGUUCCCGUCACGGCGUCGCAGAGCAACACCCAGCUGGAAGUUCCUCUCCCGUCUGACUCCAUGGCUCCUUACAGCAGUGCACAGCUCAAAAUCAUCGUCUCCCACCCUCUUGGUCAGGAGAACGCCUUAAUUCCAGCUGGUGUGGACAGUCAGCACAAGACCAGCAUGGUCCUACUGAGCCCAGAGAACCAGGACAUGGUUGUGAACUCCAUGAUCCAACAUGUGAACCUGCUCACGCCCAUGCAGCCCCUCGGGAUGUCCCAGACUGCAGAGGCCACCCUAGAACCCCAGACAGUCCUGUUGACGCAGCUCAGCCCCGGCGGCGGCGACGCAAACAACCCACUCCACCAGGCCCUGCUGCACACGGCCAUUACCGCUCAAGACUCCGGCGGCAGCUCACAGACUUUCAUCACAACCUGCUCUGAGCUGGAGGGACUCAACGCCUUGAUCCAGGAGGGCGGCACGGAGGUCACAGUGGUGACAGAAGGGAACACCGCCACCAUGGUGACCACAGCGACUCCACCCGACAUGGUGUGCGGUCCGUCGGAGGACCUGUCCAAGCCAGCGGUUGCGUUCAGGGAGAGUGCCUUAACCUGCGAGGAAAGGGCGCUGCUGGUGCCGAACAUCAGCCUGGGUGGCCAGAAUGUGGUCAUCCACGGCGUUCCACUGAUAGUGUCCACUCAGCCACAGCAGCUCUCUCCUCAAACACUCUACUCAGACUCACACACACUGGAAGGCAUCCCUCAAUGAGUGGAGGGUCCGGUGUGUUUUUCUGAAAAUAGAAAAACUUUAACUGCAUCAUAAGCUAUUUCUUUGCCAGUAAGAACUCUUAGGUUAUGUUACGUAUGUGCAGGCUGAUAACCCUCUGAGACCCACAAUAGACCUGUUUUUGUCUUUUUUAGGGGGGUACAGGGGGUCUUUAGGGGGAGAUAGCAGGUCAACAGUAGAUGUCACAUAGAAGUGGUGUACAUCAUCUGA